GGAGUCUUGUCUGUCUUUCAAUCUCUACAACGUCCUCUUGAACUGUACAAUCACUCUCUUCCAACUUCACGCACUACAAAGUACUCUAUAAUACACCAUGGGCUGGGGCUACAGGAAAAGGAUAACCAUCAUUCCCAAGUUCUUGUACAUGAACAUCAACGGGAAGAGAAUCAAUUUCACAUUUGGCAGCGGACAUCUCCAUUACAACACAUGAUGAGCUUGUGCAGCUGUCGCUAUCGAACCAGAUGCCUUGCCGCCACGUUGAGAGGUUACAGGCGACGAUGUACUUGUACUCUGGAGACUUGGUCUGGAUUGUAGCUCUUUCCCCGUAUACGAUGUACCUUCAGGAUGACCGAGACAGCCCACUCUGCAAAGACCGGCGCAACGCCGCCAAAUAUCACAGAGUCAUCAUAACGUUCGUAAAGAAACGGCAGCACACAUAGUACAACAAUCAACUCAAUUUCAAGACAGCCCCUUCCCAUCGUGAUGAUGACUCGGUGCUCUUACUUUGUGUCGGCAUCGGAUGAAGAUGGCAGACUCAGAAAUGCCUUCUUCAACGGUGACGAGCGUUUCGCUGAACCGGUGUCAACUUUUCCCUGGGCUGUUGCUGGGGUGGGGAACUUACGAGCAUAAGAAGCCAUAGAUCUCUGCUUGGCGUCGGCUGCAGCGGCAGACAAGACUGAAGCAAAUAUUAGACUGUCACCUGAGUGGAAAGCAGAGCAAACACUCACGAGUCCUCUUCUUCGUGGCCGUGGAUAACAGCCCUUUUGACUCUGCCAAGCUCUUUGGCUCCAUCGAUUUCCUCCUCUACCAUCGCUCAUCAGACACUUUCCAGUUACAAAACUCGUACUUGUCUUCUUCGACUCUCUUCCCUGCCUUUUUACUGUCCAUCACCCAUUUGAUACCCACCAGUUUGGGACGGUCUUCCUCGUCUUGACGACGGUACCAAUUGAGAGUCGCUUCGCGCCCAGAGCGGUAGAUAAUGUGGGUGCAAGUCGAGCCGGGACGAGUAAGCACCUGCGAGCGAUCAGCUGCGUCAACAAAAGGGUAAUGAGCCGGGCAUACCUUGGCGCCAGCACCUCGCAGAAUAUUGGCAAAGACUUGCGUUGAAUCUGAACCAUCACUCGUUCUCACGUCUACAAAUGCCACCACUCCUUUGAAGCACCUCGCGCCUCCUUCGGCCAACAUUCCCGCAAUCGACUGAUCCCCCAAACUAGUAUCGCCGGUACCGGCAGAGACAGAAAUGUCAUUGGGAAAGACAGACGUUCUUGGUUUAGCGACAGCAGAGGUUGCAGAGGUGGAAGUGGAAGCGGAGAGGUUGCUGGGACGGUCUUGGAAGAUGUGCGGUCGGGUAGGGGCAGAAACUGUCACAGAUGGCGCAAUUCUCCUAGCAGGCUCAGACGUGGACUCUGACAAGCUACUGUUCGACAAUCGCUUCUUUGCCUUCAACUUUUCCAACGCGGAACUCAGUCCUGCCAAAGAUUUGGAAGUUUCAUCCGACAACCCUUCUCGCCUGCUACUGCUCAAACUCAACCUGGGCCGUGGGCCCGGGUUUGAAACGGAGCGGUUUGAAGGAGAGGUGAGUGACUUGAGAGAGGACUGAGAGGACUGCGGGAUGUCACGGGGAGGAAGCAUGGGGUUGGAGACAACCCGCGCCGUGGGGCGCGCUAAUGGACCGGAGCCCAAGCUGGACGGAUAUGAUGGUUUCCGUUUCACCUCAGUCAGGGGACUCAUCGUUGAAGCGCCGCUGGCCGGGGCGCUCCUCUCUGGGCCAACGAUGCCAAGAUUUGUCGCUGGCUUCUUCGCUCCCGCGCUCGGGGCAAGCGUUUCUCUGAUGGGAGGCAUAGCUCGGCCGAUGGGGAUUCGGCUAGGCGCACUUGCCCCUUGGAGGCUACGCAAGGAGACUGACUUGGAUAGUUGAGCUGGUCCUGAUGUAGAUCUGGCUGGUGGCAAUUCGGAUAGACGUUUGCUCUCGGCAGGGAGCGCCAGUUCUUGAGGCAUCUCUAUAGACGUUGUCUCUUCUGCGACCACAUCGGAACCAGAGUGUUGGCAAGGAAAGUCUCUGCCUUCUUCGAAGGCGAGGCCAUCUCUACAUCCAAGCUUGCCGUCUCUUUGGCCAUCCUUGCCGCCGCUGCGAUACGCCGAGCAGUAAGCGGUGACUUGACGUUUGGUCGAGUCGUAGGUGUUGUAGAAACAGCCAUGUGUGGGGAAGCUUUGGGGGGCGUAGGGGGAGCGUGGAAAGCAGAAAAGGGGCGGGGUGACAUUGGCUUGCUGAUAAGCGCCUGUGGCCCUCUGGGGGAUCGGAGAUGAGUAUGGGAAGUGAGCUGGCGAGGAGACGUAAGGGGUGUCGUGCUGCCAUUCAUGCGAUUGGGCGAAGCAUAAAGCGCUUGGCCAUCUGGACGAGGAGAUAGCAUCACGGACGCCGGUCGUUCUCGCAUACGCGGAGGGGUAGGGGGUCUUGCCACAAAGCUGGAGACUUCCUCCAUGCUAGAGUCUUCAUCCCCCGAUCGAGAUUUAGAUUGUAGGGGCUGAUGCUUCCUGGGCGGGGUCGGGGGUCGGACAAUGAUAAGAGAGGCAGACUCGUCCUCUUCUGCCAAGCUUUCCGGGCUAGCUUUGCUCUUCGAGAGGCCCUGUCUCAAUAUCUCUCUCGCUGGAGUAGGAGGAGCAGACACCUGAACCUUGAGCUGUGGUCUUCUGGGAGAAGAGAGUGGGGCUAGCAGUGUUUGCCGGACCUCAAUGUUGCCAUUGGACGGUACUGCCUUGAGUGGUGGACCCAUCCUCCUAAUUGGCUGUUCCCCAAGUUUCAUGACCUUCCCUUUCCUAUCUCCCUCGUCCACUUCUCCAGCUUUCCGUUUGCCAGUCACCUUCUUAUCCUCAUAGACACCCAUCUUCAGGUUCUCCCUGCUAUUGUUUUCUUUGUCCUUGAUAGGCCCGCGGCUUCUUAGACUCUUCGAGAACCCAGGGGCAGAUGCAGCUGCAGGUUUAAUGUUUUCGUUUCGGGAGGGGGCGGCAGAGAUGAAGCGGGACCGAGAACGAGUGAUGGGGACGUGGGUGUUUGCGUCGAGUUGGCGCGGCGUGAGGGGUGGGGCGUGCGAGCGGAUGAUUAUGGAUUGGAGCGUCGUGGAGGAUUGAAUUCGACGAGGAGGAGGAGACAUUGUUCCUCAGACUGUUCAUGCAAAGGGUCAGCGAAAAGAAAAUCGGGCUUGAAGUAUGGUCAGACGAACCAGGGGACGAGAAAUCAGGCGCGUUGUUUGUGGGUCGCAUCAAGGGACAUCCCAAGGCGGCCAGGUGAAUAUCGUAGGGCGUGGGGAAGGAGGGAAUAGGAGGGUGGCUCAAGACACGCAAGGGGGUAAGUGUGUGAAGGAAAAAGGGAAUGGAGG